AUGAAGUUCCGACAGACCCGGGUGUGUCAUAACUGCCGGAGGCAUAAACUUGGUUGUGACGGUAAACGUCCGGGCUGCACUCAAUGCGCCCACACCGGACGCCAAUGCGAAGGAUACCCGGGCCUUCUCUUUGUACAAUCCGCUUUGACUCCUCAAAGUCAGUCUUGUUCAAAAUCUCGACCAAAGUCCCGGGCUAGAGUUAGGCGGGAGCCAAAAAGUCACAAGCCAGCUAUUACCCAAGGUACAUCGCCCAUACCAUUAUCUCCGCCGCAGUUUUCGGGCUCGAUCAAGGCUCAGUCUCCUCCAUGCCCCGCUUCAUACGAUUUUCGAUCUCAAACUCGCGACGAGCUCUAUCCGAUAUGCCGGCCCUUGCCUGACACAUUACAAGACACCAUAUCACUGGUUGUACGAAGCUAUGUCCCCAUGAUUGAACUGCCCUCCGGAAUCCGAUCAAUUAUUUCCCAGUCGACGCUGGUUUGCGGUGCUUGGGUCGAAGCCCUUCCAGAUUUAACCCGUGGAAGUGGAAGCCAUAUUGACGAGUGCCUAGACCAUGCCAUAAGAUCCCUGGCACUAUCUAUAACUGCCAACAGAACGAAUAAACCCCUUGUCACACCUCUAUCUACGCACUACGGCAAAACCCUCCGCCUGUUUCGUCGAACUCUAAGUAUGCCAAGCAAUUCUCAUCAGAAUGAAAAGCUAGCGACGAUGAUGUGUCUUGCAUUGUCCGAGGCUCUGUUCCCGGUGGCUCCAAACAGCUGGUUCAUACAUCUGCGUGCCAUCAGCGAGGUAAUGCAAUCAUGCAAACCGGAGGUCUUCAGUGCUGGUAUACCACACAAACUGUUCACCGGCAUUAGGCCAUUACUUGUAAGCUUAGCCCAACUGCCGUCCCUCGUCCUCUAUGCCAAAGCAAACGAGUCAAAGAAGGGGGGCCCAUCGAUGGCAUUAUCUUCUUUGUUCAACUUUGACAGUAGCCUUAUUUUUUUCUCGCAGAUUCUGGAGGCCAUGGCGAGCGAGAAAGCUACCUUUCUCGCUUUAGACGAAUGGAAAACGAUACCGUUCCAACAAAACGGACCUUCCUCGAUGCAAGGGUUUCUCAGCCAGGCAGCCAUUAUCCCGGAAAUAAUGCAAAAGGCAGAACUAUUGAACUUUGGAACACUUGAAAAGGACGGCAUACAAAGACUCAUCGAGCUAUCCGACAUAGCUACACAGCUCGAGGCGUCAGCCAUCACAUUUGAGAUUGAGCCAAACGCCCCUGCGUAUUGGCCUUCACCAAAAACAAACGAUGCUACUGGAAAUUGCUACCCGCAACUUUGCUUCUCGGAUUUGAACGCUGCCAACGCCUUCACCCAUCUCUGGGCCUUCGAGAUCGUCUGCCUUUCCAAGAUAAAUGAUUUACAAACCGCUUUUCCAUGCUUGGGAAAUUUGGGAGACUCCUUCUAUGGUGAUGCUAUCUUGAGAGAACCAAAUGUGCGCCGCCAACGGUGUAUCGAUCUUGCCGUCAACAUAUGUCAGAGCAUGGAGUAUAUGACGAGAGAGGAAUGGAUGAUGUACGGGCCCUCGUGUGCGGCUUUCCCAAUCCGUAUGGCCUUUGACGUGCUUGAAACGGAUGAUAGGGGAAGAGAGAUUCUAUACGACUUGAGCCAGUCGGCUUUGAAAGACAUAGAUCACCGUUUUCUUCCUUUAAUAGGCACUCGAGUCAAGUAG